AUGAAGAUCCUGUUCCUGCUCUUCCCCUUCUUCCUCCUCUUUCUCCAGGGCACUGAAAUUUUGUCCAAUGCAGAAUUGGAGGGGGAAAUUGUCGUUUUGGGGGCUGCCAGUUCGCUGAAACACAGAUUGGGAAAUGUUUCGGUUUCGUACCCUGUUGCAGCAGGAUAUGGGGUUGAUGCCCUGAAUUCUGUGAGCAGGAUGUCCCCCUCGCUUCUCGCUCCUGGAAACAGCUCCUGA